ACCCCCCUCUCUUUUUAGCAGCCACAUACAAGUCGGCCAUAUUAGAGAGAUGGAAAUAAAGCUUCCUCAAUGUUGUAUAUGUCUUUGAAGUACAUCCGUGCAUUUUCUUUCUUAGCAUCUAACCAUUCCUCCCUUGUGGCCCUUGGUCCCUCAAUCACCCUCUCCCAUAGCCCACCCGCCUAACAUCACAGUCUCUGAAAAUGCACAGGGAUGCCUGGCUACCUCGCCCUGCCUUCAGUCUCACGGGGCUCAGUCUGUUUUUCACUUUGGUGCCCCCAGGGCGGAGCAUGGAAGUCACGGUCCCCACCACUCUCAGUGUCCUCAAUGGGUCUGACACCCGCCUGCCCUGUACCUUCAACUCCUGCUACACCGUGAACCACAAGCAGUUCUCUCUAAACUGGACUUACCAGGAAUGCAGCAAUUGCUCAGAGGAGAUGUUCCUCCAGUUCCGAAUGAAGAUCAUUAACCUGAAGCUGGAGCGGUUUGGAGACCGAGUAGAGUUCUCAGGGAACCCAAGUAAGUAUGACGUGUCAGUGACACUAAAAAAUGUGCAGCUAGAAGAUGAGGGCAUCUACAACUGCUACGUCACCAACCCACCGGACCGCCACCGUGGCCAUGGCAAGAUCUACCUGCAGGUCCUUCUGGAAGUGCCCCCGGAGCGGGACUCCACCGUGGCAGUCAUCGUGGGUGCCUCCGUGGGGGGCUUCCUGGCUGUGGUCAUCUUGGUGCUGAUGGUGGUCAAGUGUGUAAGGAGGAAAAAGGAGCAGAAGCUGAGCACGGAUGACCUGAAGACUGAGGAGGAGGGCAAGACAGAUGGUGAGGGCAACGCGGAAGACGGUGCCAAGUAACCGGCGGUCUGCCCAGAAGCCCCUCCCUGUGCCCUGUCGCCUUCCCCCCUGCCCUGUACAGUGUGACCCUGCCUGCUCUCUCUUGGUGUGCGUCUCUCUAAUCGGACCCUAGGAUCCACCUGGGGCCUCACUUCCCAUUCCCUACCCCACUCCCCAUACCAAGAGUGACCUCCCUUCCUUCCACCUGAAAACUGCCUUGGUAUCUGACAUGUGCAAGCCCUGGGGAGAGCAGAGAAGAGCUCAGCAUGUCAGUCUUUGUGGAAGAAAGACCAAAGAUGGGAUGGGGGAGAGAGGGCAGUGGGAGCAGAGGUUGGCUGCCCAUCUUGUCUGGGGUUUGGUCUGGUAAUGGUUUAAACUAUGGGGGUAGCAGUGUGUGUGCGUGUGUGUGUGUGCGCGCGUGCGUGCGUGCGUGUGUGUGUGUGUGUGUGUGUGUGUGUGUGUGUGUGUGUGUGUGUGUGUGUAGGGGUGUCCUGUGCUGACCAGAGGCACCAUGGGAAAAGACGCAUGGUGGCUUUGCUGAGUUCCUCUGGCUACUCCCAACACAGAACAACCAUCAGGAUGGGGAUAAGGGUAGGGUCCUACCAUCUGUGGGGGCAUUUUUAAAGGGAUGACUGUGCAUUUCGAGGGCACUCAAGGAAAGCGAGGCUGAGGCAUUUCUGGACACGAGCCUUGGCCCACAGAACUCUGUGCUGGCCUCAUUCGAUCACUAGCUGCUCCUGGGGGGAGGUUCUAGCUCAUUGUUGGUUACUGCUCUCUUGGGGGUGCUGGCAGGAGCAGUACUGAAAAGACAGCAUUGGGCAGGACCAUACCCCACCCUAGGGACCCCCCAGCAGGAGACCUGUGUCACUGCAAACACAUUUAGCUGCCCCCUCUAACAAGAUGAUCACCUUGGCCUCAGCCAGUAGCCGCCAAGGCUCAGAACUCUGUGUGUUGGGGGAGAGUGUAGAGGGCAACUUCCUGCAGGGCUUCAGUUGGGGUUUCCAGUUGCACUUGGCAGUUGGGGUUUCCAGUUGCACUUGUCUGGCUUUGGCAAGGAAGAGAAGGCAGGAGGGAAUGUGAGAGGAUACCGGUAGAGCCUGAGCCCUGCCCCAGAGCUCCCUUUGUAGGGGAGAAAGUCACUCUUGUGGGAGUCAACUUUCACUGCCGUUUUACUAUCGUUAUAAGGAGCUUGUUUAAGUCUAGAGCCAGGGAGAAAGGCAGGGGAGAAGCUGCUAAUGGAGAGCAUGGUGUUGGGAGGGGCUCAGAGGAGAACAAGCCCUCCUACAGAUGACCCACACAAGCUGAGGGUCUGCCCAAUUCUCGCUCCUUGGUCCCCAACUAGCAUAAAUAGAGCUUCCUGGUGGGACAGCCUCAAGUCUAGAAGGUGUUUGUGCGUGGUGGUAGGGUUCAUCUAACCCUGCUCCCCUCCCAGGAGCUCAACCCCUCUAAGCUCAGGGAGUUAGUGUCCAGGGUAGGGGAUGAGUGUGGUGGAGACCGGACCAUGACAGUCUCAGGGACCAAUGCUUGCCUCUGCUUAUCAGAUAGCCAACUAGAAGAUGGGAGGUUCCUCUUAAUCCACUUCAACAACCAUCUAUUGAGCAUCUGCUCAAUGCCAGGCACUGUGCUGGGUACCGGGGGUGCAUACAAAGCCAUAAUAGAGUCAGGGACUGCCAGAUCUGCGCUGUAGGAGCAAGAUUCUCUUUCUUUCUUUCUUUCUUUCUUUCUUUCUUUCUUUCUUUCUUUCUUUCUUUUCUUUCUUUUCUGAGCAUCUACUUCCACCUCUGCGGCGGCUGCUUCCACGAGAGAGUGGGGAGAAGGAAGCGGCUCUUGGAUGGGGGCUUGGGAAAUAAGAGUACAAGGGAAGAGGGGAGGCACCACUGGGGAGGUGCAGAGGUCAGGUGGGUUGGGCCUGGAGUGGGAAGUUCUAAACUCUUUGGCUCAGUACCUAACUGCCAAUCAACACACUGCCGAUGGGAGUGGGCUAAGCCACCAGGACGCCUGGAGCAGGUGAACGCUGCCUAUCCUCCAAGCUAGCCAGCUGGGAGUGGAGAGAUGGGUGGUGGGCGCCGCAAAGCAGCUGAAACCGAAGGUGGUGGUGUUUACAUCUGUGGCUUGGAAUAAUCAGCUCUCCUCACCUGGUGCGCGAGCCCUCUUCUCUGGGGGGCGGGGAGGGGGGGCUGCACCGGCGGGACUUUGCUCACACCAGGUCUCGUAACAUCUGGUUGGGCUGCUUGUGAGAUUCUUCAAGGGUUGUUCUAAGAAGCUCGAGUCUCCUGGGGUCUUUUUCUUUUCUGUCCCUGACAGAGUGGGGGUCCAGAGAUGGCCAUUGCCGUCCCUGGACCCCCACAGGCUGGGUCAGGAGCCAUUUCUGCCCCCAGGAGCUUGCCCUCACGUUCACUUUCUUCUGGAGCUGCUCUAGAGCCUCCUCCAGGGGCUCUGGGCUGUGGGGUCGGGAACAAACCAGGCUUCUGUGAGGUGAGGUGGGAGACUGAGAGAUGUUUCUCCAGGAGCCAUUGUUGAACCUGGCUUCCUAGCUUAGGCCAGCUAACUGCUCCCUUGCUGACGUGUGGGCUCCGGGCUCCACUUCUGCCUGCAUGCUCCCAUCACUGUGCUGCUCCUGCCUCUCCUGCCCGCCCGGAACCCCUGCCACACGUCCCACCGGCCUCUUCCUCCUAAUUAAGGGCCACUGCAAAGAAAGAUGGGCUGGCUAACCCAUGGGAUUUAGCUUUUGAGAACAAAGCACAAUUUUUUCAGGACUGAAAAUGCCUUGAGGUGCCUUGGAACUGGCUUUGGAAAUAGCUCUCUGCCCCUCCAGCCAUGCACCCAUCGGUUAUUCCCAGUUUAUAACAAGGAAAAGCUGAUCGGGUCUGCGUUGGCCUGCGAGUCUCCUUGGGAAAGUUGGGCUGCUAAAUAUUCACAGGAUCAGGUUAAGGAGGCAGACGGGUGGAAACUCUGGCUAGGUCCAAAGAAGUUAGUCCCAGGUCAUAGGGGUGAAUGGCUUGGUGCAGUUGGAACGGGAGACAAAUCAAGAAAGCUUUCUUCCUGCAUAUGUCUUAAGGAUAGACAGCCUUGCUGUGCCUCUUGCUGAUGUCUUCCUUUACUGAAGCUUGCUGACGCGAUUGUACAUAGCCUUUCUUUUUAGGAAUAGAUAUAUUAUAUAUGCAUAUAUAAAACAUCUCACUAUGCUCACCACGAGUAGAUUCACCAAAGGUUCUUUAUGGAAUGUUCGUCAUGGUUUGUUUGGGGGGGGGACCCAGCUGCAUAGCUAGCGCUUAUGCAUGCCUAGGUUCUACGUGCUGUUUGGUGGUUGGAAGGAGUGGUUGGGAGGGGAGAGGAGCUUGAACAAGUGGUCUUCUGAGACCCGACUGCUGGGGGCAGGCUGAGUUUGUAGCAGUUUGUCUGGUUGCUUGGAUCUGUUGGCUGCAAUAAACACACUGUCUCCCCUGAA